CUCACUUUCCUAUAAAUUCCUCUCUACACUCACUCAUAAACGUACUCGAGUUUGCUUCAAUAAUAGAAGUUAUUGACUGCCAUUUUUUAAUUCGGUGGCAUCUAAAUAACUUCUUAGUUCGUUUUUCCAACAGGAAGCAAUCCAAUUUGCUCGUCUUGCAGGUAUUCAGAGGUGGAGGUUUUCGAGGUGCCUUAGUCUUAGCGAGGAAAACGUGUUGAGAUUGAAAUUAGAAGCAUGUGUAUUUGUGAAAAGCAAGGAGAUAAUCUUCAAGUUUGCAGACAUAAUGUGGAGAAUCAGCUUCAAUUUAAGUUUGAUAUCGAUGAUCGAUGUCUCAUACCCCACCCUGAGGCUGAUCCUGAUUACGACCAGUUGAAUUUCUGGCCAGCACGUCGUGAGGUUGUAGGAGAGCUAGUGAUGCUUGCAAGAAUCUCGGGGCCAGUAGUAGUAAUGGGACUGCUUCUCUACUUGAGAGGCAUGAUAUCCAUGCAAUUCUUGGGCUACCUUGGAGAGCUGGAGCUGGCCGGUGGAUCUCUUUCAAUCGGCUUUGCAAAUAUAACCGGCUAUUCAGUCAUUUCCGGCCUUGCUAUGGGAAUGGAACCUGUGUGCAGCCAGGCUUUUGGAGCGAAACGUUGGAGUCUUCUCGGUUACUCUCUUCAGAGAACGAUUCUCAUCCUUCUCUGCGCCUCUGUGCCCAUCGGUUUGCUGUGGGUUAACAUCGAAUCAAUUCUGCUGCGGUGUGGGCAGGACGAGAGCAUCACCAGAAUGGCAGGCACAUAUGUUCUUUACUCUUUGCCCGAUCUCAUCUCUCAGUCUUUUCUUCAUCCGCUCAGGAUUUUUCUCCGAACACAGAGCUCAACCCUUCCGCUCACAGUUUCAGCAGGCGUGGCUCUUCUCCUUCACAUUCCCAUCAAUUUUCUUCUAGUCGUGUAUUUCAAACUAUCCAUCCGGGGCGUUGCCCUGGCUGCCGUGUUGACCAAUUUUAACAUUGUUAUAUUCUUAGCAUGUUACAUAUGGCUGUCGGGACAUUACAAGGAUUCGCUGCCCAGCCUGUCGACAGAAUGCCUGAAAGGGUGGGCAUCGUUUCUGAGAUUGGCAAUCCCCAGCUGUGCAUCAGUCUGCUUAGAGUGGUGGUGGUACGAAUUCAUGAUUCUUCUGUGCGGACUAUUGUUAAAUCCCAAAGCAACUGUUGCCUCGAUGGGAAUUCUCAUCCAGACCACAGCGCUGCUUUACAUAUUUCCAUCGUCGCUGGGCGUGGGAGUUUCGACGAGAGUAGGAAACGAGCUCGGUGCAAACAGACCGGCCAAGGCCCGGACGGCCACGAUAGUGGCAAUUGGAAGCGCGGCUGUAUUGAGUUUCAUAGCAAUGAGUUUUACUGUAACAGUACGUCACGUCUGGGGUAGAAUGUUUACCCAAGAUGAGCAGAUUCUGUCGCUGGUGUCGUCGGCAUUGCCGAUAGUGGGCCUCUGCGAACUGGCGAAUUGGCCGCAAACGACGGGAUGCGGGGUCCUCCGAGGCAGCGCGCGCCCCACCAUGGGCGCAAAUAUAAAUUUGGGUUCUUUCUAUUUGUUCGGCACGCCCGUUGCUUUGAUUUUGAGUUUUCUGUACAAAUUUGAAUUUGUGGGUCUAUGGUUUGGCAUGCUCGCGGCGCAAGGCUCGUGCCUUAUCCUCAUGUUGUUUGUGCUACUGCGGACGGACUGGACUGUGCAGGCGGCGAGAGCAAAAGAGCUCACCGCCGGCAGCGCUGAAUCCCCUCUGGAGAAGGCCCGGAUACAAAUUAUAUGCAGCCAAGGAACGGAACACUGUUUUUACAAAAGAUUAUAUAACCCAUAUGAACAUACAGACACACAUCCUGUCAUAACGGUAGUUGUCGCGUAAUUUGCGCCCAAUUCCCUUACUGUAAUGGAGGCAAUUGCUUCGAGAUUUAGGCUUGCUGGCUGGCUGCAGUCGGUAUUUAUAGAUACUGUAACAGUUUGGAAAAAAACAUGUACUAAUUAACUGGAAUACACUAGAAUAGAAGGGAGGUUUAUUGCCUCCAAACUAGUUCCUAUAAUCAUGUUCAGGUCCUAGAAGUUCUGAGUAAAAUGGAUUUCCCCCUGUAAUGACAUUCGAAAUAGCACGUCUUGCAAUCUACUCAAGGUCGGCGGGCUCUGUUAAGGUCUGCUGGCUGAGGUUUAAGAUCGU